AUGCCUACUUUUUCAAAGGAUCAUAAUCAUUGUCGGCAUGUCGUUUGCACACUUUGUAUGAAAAAAAGUGAAAGAGAAAUUUCAGAAUAUUUUAUCAGUGAAAUCAAAAGAUUGAUUUCUGGCAACAUCAACUUUGAUGAUGAGAGGGUUCCACGAGGGAUCUGUGUCACCUGUAGGUUCCUGCUUAGAAAGUUAGCUUCUGGAGAUGAAGAAGUGAGUAUACCUCAACUUUAUGACUUCGAAUCCAUAUUGAUCAAACCAUCAACUCGCCAGAAAACUAAAUGUGAUUGCAUCAUUUGUCAAAUUUCAAAAACCAAAGGGAAAGGAAAGCACCCCUUUGAAAAACCAUCUCAGCAAGAAGUGCAAAAAGAAGAAAAAUCUUUUGAAAAACGAUGCACAAAAUGCCUAUCUGUCAUUGCUCGAGGACUGCCUCAUAACUGCAAAGAAGCAACACGUCGUGAAAACUUGAAAGCUCUGGCAUUGGCAGAUCCGUUAGGGGCAGAGCAAAUUGCAUCAUUCAUCGUUUCUUCCAAAGAGGUAUCUUCCGAUGGAACUAUUCUGAUUAGCCGGUUUCAUGGAAAGCCUCUUGAAAUCAGACCAGGAUCAAAUGCAACUCAGGGUCUCUCCUCAGAGCCAUUGACAACACAAGAUAUGAUUAAUAUUCAGCAAAACAUUGGACUUUCUAACAAUGGAAUGAGAAAGCUUGGGUCAGCUUUAAAUCAAAUAAGUCCUGUUCGCAUAGUUGAGGCCGAUUUUCAACAAAAAUUUGCUGCAGCUGGAACUACCCUCAAAAGUUUCUUUACAGUAACCACUUCACAGUUACCAGAAUCAAAUGAAACACGCCAUAUUGUUCACUGCACAAAUUUGGAAACCCUCAAAGAAAAUAUUGUUUCAUCCAGAGGCUUGCAAAACUCAAACUUCAUAAAGCUUGGCAUUGAUGGUGGAGGAUCAUUCUUUAAGGCAAGUUUGAGUCUUAUCAGUGAGCAUGAAGGAGAACCUCACAGUCCUGUUCAGAAGAAAUCAAAAUUGAUCACCAAAGACAACUUCAAAAACACAAGUGUUCAAAAACAAUAA